GCUGCAAUAUGACCAGCAAAUGCAUGAAAGUUGUGUCUUUUGGAGCUUCAACGUUAAGAUAAGAUGAAUUUAUGUACCUUGAAAAUGAAAUAGAAUCAAACAUGACAUGGAACAAACGAGAGAAUCAAACACAAGACAUCAAGCGAACGGGAGAAUCGAACACAAGACAUAUAUAUCAAGCGAACAAGAGAGUUUGAAGACUUCUCUUCGCUUCUUGGGAAUAAGUUGGGAGAGAGCAACAUAUAUACACUCCAAUUAUAACAAAGGACUUCUUCAUGAAAACAGACCAAGAACUGUAUGGAGAAGAUAAAAAUAAAAAUAGUUAUGGUUUUGAAAAAGUUGCAAGGACCCCAGAUGACCAGCAAAGAGACAUCAGCUUAAGAUCAAUGGAUGAAGAGAAUAAUAUGUGUCAAAGUGUUUGGUUCUUCAGAAAGUAUCUUCUUACAAGAAGUCAAAAUAACGUGGCUAAAACCAGCAUGGAAGCUGAAUUUGAAUCAUCACCCCGCACUUUAUUACCACCUAAAUUUCUUGGUAGUAAUAAUUUUCCAAGACACCGGCUAUCUUUGCUAGAGCAACAGUUGCUUCCUGGAUUGCGAUGUGAUGAUCAAUCCAACAGGACUUCAGAACAACUUACAAUAUUUUAUGAUGGGAUUAUCAAUGUCUAUGACAAUAUUCCUGCUGAUAAGGCACAAGCGAUUAUGCGUCUUGCCAGUGAAAACUCGUCGGUCAAACCUCUUGUUGCAGAAAGGUUAAAAAUAGACAGGCAAAAACCACCUCUCAAACCCAAAUCACUAUUAGUUUCCAAAAUAAGAGCAGGACUUCCAAUGGCAAGAAGAUAUUCCUUGCAGUGUUUUCUUGAAAAGCGCCGUGGCAGGAUCAUCAACAAUUCUCCUUAUGUCCUUCAUUCUAAAAAACAGGAAGACAAUUAUGAGGCAAUUGUAAACAACGAGUCGAAUGAAAGCAAUAAACUUUCACUUUUACCAUUCCCUUCACGUUUACGAUACUUUUCUCCUAGGUCAGUUAAUCAAGGCUCGUGUUGAGGGGAUAUUAGGGUUUAUAUACCUUAGGUUCUUGCCUACACAAUUACCAAUUCAUUG